GUCUGCCCUUUGACCAACUUUCAGACUUCUUUGCUCUCUGCGUGUCAAUUUUAUUUUCCCGGAGGGUAACUCGGCGCUCCAUUACUUCUGGCGUUGAAGGGAUAACUCUCUCUCUCUCUCUCCCUCUCUCUGUUCUUCAUCGGAGCUUUUGGUUGAUAGAUCGAUCCAUCACCAGGGUCUCCUUUUCGGCCAUCGGAAGCUGAUCUCCACUCGAAGGGGUAUUGUUGUAUUGGAGCUCUUUCAAUAGAGUAUAAGCUAAUUGGACUUCUCCGAUUAUCCUUGGCUUAGCAGGGACAUGGAUGUUUUUUGCUCAGAAUCAUUUUUUGUACAAUUUGCGUUGAAAUUUGGUGUUUGACUAAUAGGUAAACUCUCUUGGAGACAAGGGGAAGGCAUAUUGGAUCACUUAACUAGGGUCAGCAGUAUGGGUGGCCUUUGCUCGAAGAGAUCCGCUGUAGAUAAAUCUCCUAGUGACAGUACCCUAAAUGUCGAUUACCUUGGAGAUCACGACCCCAGUUCAGAUAAUUCUCGUGUAAAGAUUAAGAGUGAAUCUGUUGCUCUUCCUGCUGGAGAAAAUAAGGACAAGUGGUUGCCUCAACCUCCUCUAUCUUUCUCAGAUCGGUUGAUGUCGACGUUUGAGCAAAACCCAGAUGACGCUGUUGAUUUGCAGGCGCCCCAGAUAUCUAGGGUCCAUUCACAAAAGUUCAUGUUAACAAAGUCAAAGCCUGCAGCUUCUGCAAAGACUGGAACGAUCAAAGUUGCAGAAGUGAGCUCAAUUUUAGGAAGGGCUGGUACUGUUGGUUUUGGGAAAGCAGUGGAGGUUUUGGACAAUUUUGGUAGUAGCAUGACAAGUUUGAAUCUUAGUAGCAGCUUUGUACCAGGAUCAACAACUAAAGGAGGAAAAAUAUUUAUUUUAUCCUUUGAGGUUGCCAACACAAUAGUUAAAGGUGCCAAUCUUUUGCAAUCUCUUUCGGAAGAAAACAUAAAACAUUUGAAGGAGGUGUUGCUUCCAUCAGAAGGUGUGCAACUUUUGGUAUCUAAAGAUAUGGAUGAACUACUACGGACAGCGGCUUCUGACAAGAGGGAAGAACUAAAAGUGUUUUCAGGGGAGGUUGUUCGCUUUGGAAAUCGUUGUAAAGAUCCUCAGUGGCACAAUCUGGAUCGCUACUUUGAGAAGCUUGGUUCAGAAAGAACAUUUCAACCUCAGUUGAAGCAAGAUGUGGAUGUAGUUAUGAAGCAUUUAAUGACAAUGGCUCAGUGCACAGCUGAAUUGUACCAUGAGCUCCAUUCUUUGGACAGGUUUGAACAAGAUUACAAGAGGAAACUUCAAGAAGAGGAGAAUUUCACCGCAGCUCAGAGAGGAGACAGCCUACAAAUAUUAAGGCAAGAGCUAAAGAGCCAAAAGAAACAUGUCAAGAGCUUAAUGAAAAAGUCUCUUUGGUCUAGAAUUUUGGAAGAGGUCAUCGAGAAACUUGUAGAUGUUGUUGACUUCUUGAAUCUGGAGAUCCAUAAUGCCUUUGGUAGUGCUGAUGGGGACAAACCAGUGAAAGGAUCUAUUGCUAGUAAUCGGAGAUUGGGUUCAGCUGGUCUAGCGCUACACUAUGCUAAUAUUAUCACUCAGAUUGACACACUUGUAUCUCGAUCAAGUUCUGUGCCUCCAAAUAUGCGGGACACUUUAUAUCAAGGAUUACCGCCAAGCAUAAAAAAUGCCUUACGUGCAAAGUUGCACUCCCUUCAGGUAGAAGAAGAGAUCACAGUUGAACAGAUCAAAGCUGAGAUGGACAAAACUCUACGAUGGCUUGUUCCAAUUGCCAAUAACACAACCAAAGCUCACCAUGGUUUUGGCUGGGUCGGAGAGUGGGCAAAUACAGGGACUGAUUUGAAUCGGAAGCCAGGUGGACAAGCUGACUUGAUUAAGAUACAGACUCUUCACCACGCCGAUAAAGUCAAAACUGAAUCAUACAUACUGGAGCUAAUUGUGUUGCUCCACCAACUCAUAAUUCAUUCAAAACCAGAAAAUGGAGGUUUAAGAUCUCCCAUAAAGUCCCCUAUUCGUUCUCCGACAAAAAGAAGCUUGACUAUAACUUUGCCUGAAAGCAUAUCCACCACCUCUACUUUGCUCUCCAAGGAGGAUCAAGAGAUGCUGCGUUAUGUCAACUUCAGAAAGCUGAUUCCUGGUAUUAGCAAAAGCCAGGAGUUUGACACUAACAGGUCUAAGCCAGACAAACAUAGCAGGUUGAGUAAAAGCAACAGUCAUUCACCAACAACUGCAAGCAAGAAAGACUUCUAUCCUUUGAGAAGGCCAUCUCUACUACCUGUUAUUGAUUUUAACAUUGAUAAGAUGAAAGCUCUUGAUCUAAUUGAUAGAGUUGAUACAUUAAGAAAAUUAUGAAAUUGAAUAAACACAGCAGUGUAUACUUCUUAUAUAGAUACACAUGCCGGUUAGCUCUAAGCGGCCUUGUAAGAUAAGAAUGAGCAGUGAUGGGUGGUUUUGUAUGUGAUAAAGGGGUUGGAGCUUGAUAUUUUGUAAUAUAUAUGAAGCAUUGUUUGCAACAUAAUACGAGGAAAAAAAAUGGUGCAGCCUCAGUUUCUACUUUUAUUAGCUGCUCCAAGUUUUCCAGAAGUGCGAGGUCUCAGGAUGAUUUAGAGAUCAGUGAGUAAUCUUGAUAAGCGAAAGGUUUUUCUUUUUUUCUGCAUAAUGUACAGCUUCACCAGGAUUGAUUUGGUUUUUCCUUGCAAUUUUCGCAAUGUGUUAGAACUUUCCAUUAAUCGCUUGUGAAAUUGUUAGCUCAGCUUGGCUGCCUAUAGAGGUUUUUUGCUUCAGUGGAACUA